UCUUUACUGUUUGAAAAGUUUUUAGUUUUUUUUUAUCGCAGAGAUGCUGCUAACUCGGCUCCUCUCUUUGGUGAUCGUCGAUGUUACCAGUUGCCUCCUGGAAGUUCUGGUCUUGCCCUUCGUGCAGCAAAAAGAGAUGUUCAAGAGGGUGCCGACAUGUUGAUGGUGAAGCCUGGUCUGCCAUAUUUAGAUAUUGUGAGGCAAACUAAAAACCAGUUUCCAGAGUUCCCCCUGGUGGUUUACCAGGUAUCGGGAGAGUAUGCCAUGCUGUAUCAUGGCAGUAAAGCUGGAGCCUUUCAGCUGAAAGCUGUUCUUUUAGAAAGUUUGACAGCAAUGAAAAGAGCAGGUGCUGACGUCAUCAUCACCUACUUCACUCCUAAACUGCUCGACUGGAUAAAAGAUUAAAUGAAACUGGUUGAGUUUCUGACAUUCUAACAUUAUAAAAUUAUUUAGUUGGGUUGGUUGAAGAAAAAAAAACUGUUCACGAGUUUUUUGGUGAGAGGAUUUGUACAACCGGAGACUGUCAGAGUUUUAAAAUGUUAGAUUAUCUACAAAAAUGAUUAAAAUACAAUUAUUUUCAAAACGUU